GGUCCCAUUCAUCAGUGUCGAACCAUAUAGUGUUCCACCCUGUCGUGGUCGAAGGUGGAAUUACACGCCAAAUCAACCCAAGGCAGAGCAAAAUCAAUUGUACUCGAAAUAAUCCGUGAGCAAGCAGGACCACAAACCAACAGUUGAAGGUUGUGAAACAGCCAUGUAGCCUGAACCUUCCUCCAGCAAGUCGGUGACGUGUGGGAAUGUGACGUUCGCAUAUCCGGAUCUGCCAUCCACUCGUUCUCAAUUUCCCAAAUCCCCUUCUCUGGAUUUGCUGUCUCUGGCCUCUCUCGCUGCACCCGCCAUGCCGCCGCAUCUCUGAGCCUCGGCCCCGGCCGGGAAUAGGGAGCGGCGCCGUCGGCCAUGUUGGAAAAGAUGUCCCGCCAGCAGCGGUCCCUGCUGUCGUUGGCGUUGACCUCGCUGGCCCUCAGCUUGUCCGUGUCGGCCUUCUGCACAUCGUACUGGUGCGAGGGGACCCAUAAGGUGGUCAAGCCACUCUGCCUGUCGCCCGUCAAGAUGAAGAACUGCGGCCAGAACAACAGCCAGCCCUACACCACAGAGGCCCCGACGCCGGACCCCAGGAACCCAUCGUCCAACGUGACGCUGACGCCGCUGCAGAGGGAGCAGCUGGCCAUCCUCAGGAGGAAGCAGCUGGCCAACGCCGUCCACUACAUCUGGGAGACGGGCGAGGACAAGUACAUGCUGCGCUACUUCCAUACUGGAUUCUGGCUGUCCUGUGAGAAGCACAACGAAGGUGAGGACCAGGAGGAAAAGUGUCGCAGCUUCAUCGAGCUGACGCCAGGAGAGACUCAAGGUGUCCUGUGGCUGUCGGUCAUCAGUGAGUUCAUGUACAUCGGCCUGCUGGCCAUGGGCUUCCUGCUCAUGUGGCUGGAGGCCAUCUGCUUGUGCGCCAAGAGGGAGAUGAACGCUCUCAAGAUCAACGCCUUCGCCGCCAUGUGCACCGUGCUGUCAGGCAUGAUGGGCAUGGUGGCGCAUAUGAUGUACACCACCGUCUUCCAGAUGACCGUCAGCAUUGGGCCCAAAGACUGGAGGCCGCAGACGUGGGACUACGGCUGGUCCUUUGCCCUGGCCUGGCUGUCGUUCAGUUGCUGCAUGGCGGCCGCCGUGGCCACGCUCAAUUCCUACACCAAAACCAUCAUCGAGAUGAAGCACCGCGCCCGGAUGCGCCUGGAGGAGGUCCGCGCCGCCGCCCGCGCCCCCUCCUAUGAGGAAGUCGUCCGCGCCGGAGGGGGCGUCUACUCCGUCAGCCAGCUGAUCCAGCUGGGCCAGCAGGGAGCGCUCAUGGACCCCCUGUGGCCACGGGGGGCGGGCCCCGCCGUGGGACCGCUGGCCUGCAGGGCCGGCGGGGCGCUCGUGGGGAUGGGAGUGGCGGGGAUGGGGGCCGUGGGCGUGAUGGGGUCCGGGGGGUGCUCGGCCAACCCUCCAGGCAGCGUGCUGGUGAUGGAGGGUUGCGGCGUAGGCGUCUGCGAAGACUGCGAAAGGGAGCUGGACCAGAUGGACUAUCUGCACCAGGACGGGGACGGCUCGCUCUGUUAGCGCCGCUUUGCUGAUGCCUGCUGGUCCGGACAGGAACUGAAUGUGGGGCAAAGCGAGUCGCAAGAGACACUUGACGCAAAUGUUCUUCAGGACUGUACGUCAACGUUGUGGUGAAAGAAUUCAUUUGGAACUUGGGCUCAGUUAGGUGGUGAGGUGACGAAGUGUGGCUGCUUCGAAACGGGUUUUUUUUUUUUCCUGGUUUUUGUUUUUUUU